AUGGCUUCGAAAUUUAUGAACGAUGACUACGGGUCAGAGGAGGAGGACGAUGACUUCAACCCUAUCUCCGAGGAACACAACACCGUUACCGAUCGCAAAGAUCGCGUCGAUGACGAUGACGAUGGUGGUCUGAAUGAUGACCGUGCCGUGAAUGAGGAUGAGGAUGAAGAAGAUGAUGAUGAGGAGGAUGAGGAGGAUGAUGAGGAUGAAGAGGAGGAAGCCGUGAAGCACCCGCGCAAGCGCCGUCGCGGUGGAGUUCAUGCGCUCUUCGAUGAGGAAGCCGGCGUCGACGAAGACGAGGAUGAAGCCGAGGAAGAUGAGGAAGAGAUAGCCGAACUAGGCACAGAAAUGCACCCCGACGACAUCGAUGCCUUGCCCGUCGGCGCCGAAACGGACGACCGCCGUCAUCGUCAAUUGGAUCGUCAGCGCGAGCUUGAUGCGACAAUGGAUGCAGAGAAACAGGCGCAAUUGCUCAAAGAACGAUACGGACGCAACCGUGCCGCAGCGUCAGAUUCACUCGUAGUUCCGAAACGUUUGCUUCUUCCAGGAGUGAACGAUCCAAGUAUCUGGGGUGGUCGCUGUAAGGUUGGAAAGGAGCGAGAGGUCGUCUUUUCUAUCCAAAAGCGUAUGGAAGAACGCCCGCCUGGUUCCCGAAACGCCAUUCGGAUCUACUCAGCUUUCGAGCGUGGAGCCGUCAUGCAGGGUUGGUUUUACUGUGAAGCGCGUCGCUUCGCCGAUGUUGCCGAAGCCAUUGAAGGCAUCAAUUUUUACUACCCCUCCCAAAAGUUGAUUCUCGUCCCGGUCAAAGAAAUGCCGGAUCUUCUACGUGUCCAGAAAUCAGAGGCCCUCGUGCCCGGCGGAUGGGUUCGACUUAAGCGUGGUAUCUAUGCGGGUGAUCUGGCUCAGCUCGAAGAAGUUGAGACCAAUGGCCUGACAGUCACCGUACGAAUCGUUCCUCGCCUGGACUACGGUAUGAAUGAGGAUCCUUUCAAUGAUCCCAACAAGAAGCGCAAGCGUGCUGGGCAAGUUCGCCCCCCUCAGCGUCUGUUCAGCGAGGCGGAAGCGAAGAAGAAGCACGGAAAGUUUCUUACCUCUAAUCCUGGAUUGGCUGGGAAGUCGUGGAAUUAUCAAAACGAAAACUACUUCGAGGGUUUCCUUAUCAAGGAAUUGAAAAUCCAGUACUUGGAGACCAAGGACGUCAACCCACGGCUGGAGGAAGUAACCAUGUUCGCUCGUGGAGGAGAGGAUGGCACUUCAAACCUAGAUCUAGCUUCUUUGGCGGAUACAUUGAAGCAGUCAACUGCCGAUGAGUCUUUCUUACCUGGUGAUCCUGUUGAGAUUUUCCGUGGUGAACAGUCGGGCUUGAUUGGUCGCACCGUAUCAACUCGGAAUAAUAUUGUGACUUUGAAAGUCAGCGAGGGAGAUCUGGUGGGUCAGACGAUCGAUGCUACCGUUGAAACUGUUCGCAAGAGUUUCCGUGAAGGUGAUCAUGUCAAGGUUAUUGGAAACAGUCGUUUCACAAAUACUGUGGGCAUGGUUGUCCAAAUCAAGGAUGAUACUGUCACCCUCCUCAGCGAUAUUAAUAUGGCGGAAGUCACCGUUUUCAGCAAGGACCUACGCCUUUCCUCUGAGACGUCCAAAGUAAACAAAAAACAACACGAGUUCGAUGUUCAAGAUCUUGUUCAGCUUGAUCAUGCCACAGUUGGCGUUGUAGUCCGCAUCGACCACAAUUCAAUUCGCGUUUUGGAUCAGCACGAAUCCAUUCGCGAUAUGCUUCCAACUCAGAUUAACUUGAUUGAUCGUAGGCCACCAACUGCCAUCGAUCGCAAUGGCGCUGAAAUCCGGACAAAGGAUAUUGUUCGUGAGGUCACUGGUGAACAGCGGAUGGGACAAAUUAUCCACGUCUGGCGUUCCUUCCUUUUCUUACACAGCAAAACUCAAGCCGCAAAUCUUGGGUUGUUAGUGGUGCGGUGCAACAACGUCACCGCUGUCUCUGCCCGAGGCACUCGGUCUGCUGGUCCUGAUCUGACCAAGAUGAAUCCUGCUCUGGCGGCGAUGCAGAAUCGCAAUUCCGCGAUGCCACCUCCCCAACGUGGUGGCCCAGACAGAUUGAUCAACAAGACUGUCACCAUUCGCACGGGUCGCUACAAGGGCUUAAUUGGCUUUGUCAAGUCUGCAGAUGACAAAUUUGCCCAAGUCGAGCUUUACACAACUAACAAGCAUGUUUUUAUUCCCCGGGAACUUUGUAUUCCCAAAGACCCAGUCACCAACAAAACACUGGAUAUGGGCCGUGGCCGGGGAGGAGGCGGAAGGGGAGGAGUAUCACGUGUUCCAUACGGACAUGGUCCCAACGGAGGUUCUCAAGGUGGUAAUUCAUGGGCUGGUGGUCGGACUCCCAUCGCUGCUUCAGGAAGAACCCCCGCCUGGGAUGGUGGUUCUUCGCGUACUCCUGCCUGGGGUGGUGCUAGUGGUAACCGUACUCCUGCCUGGGGCAUAACUGGAGGGUCCCGUACACCCGCACGGGUGAUGGAUGGAGGCCGAACUCCUUAUGAUGGAGGACGCACACCCGCCUGGGGCGGUUUAUCCAACUCCCGUGAACAACGUGAACAACAUUAUGAGGAUGCCCCCACUCCCGGAGGCUACUCCGCCCCUACUCCUGGUGCAUACGGAGCCCCGACUCCUGGUGUCUCUGCUUCUACCCCUGGAGCUUGGGCCGAUAGCGCACCCACUCCCGGCGUCUACAACGCGCCAACCCCUGGUGCGCGACGAGGAUACGAGGCACCCACUCCCGGUGCCUAUGAUGCCCCUACUCCCGCAAUGGGAGGCGUUGCAGCUACCCCUGGCGCAUUUGAUGAUGGUCCCCAUUACGAGGAUGCGACACCUUCUCCUUGA